CCCCCCCUGCGCGGUGCGAUGGCCUCGGAGCUGGCCAUGAGCGCGGCCGACCUGCCCACCAGCCCGCUGGCCAUCGAGUACGUCAACGACUUCGACCUGAUGAAGUUCGAGGUGAAGAAGGAGCCGGCCGAGGCGGAGCGCUUCUGCCACCGCCUGCCGCCGCCCGGCUCGCUCUCCUCGACGCCCCUCAGCACCCCCUGCUCGUCGGUGCCUUCCUCGCCCAGCUUCGGCGCCCCCAGCCCCGGCGGCCCGCCCCCGCCCGGCCUGGGCCACCCGGCGGCCGGCCACCCGACGGGCGCCGCCGGCAAGGCCCAGCUGGAGGACCUCUACUGGAUGUCCAACUACCAGCACCACCUCAACCCCGAGGCGCUCAACCUCACCCCCGAGGACGCCGUCGAGGCCCUCAUCGGCAACCCCCACCACCCCGGCCACCACCACCACCACCACCACCAGGGCGCCUACGAGGGCUUCCGCGGCCAGCCCUUCCCGCCCGAGGAGCUGGCCCCGACGGCGGCCCACCACCACCACCACCACCACCACCACCACCACCUGCGCCUGGAGGAGCGCUUCUCCGACGACCAGCUGGUGUCCAUGUCGGUGCGCGAGCUCAACCGGCAGCUGCGCGGCUUCAGCAAGGAGGAGGUGAUCCGCCUCAAGCAGAAGCGCCGCACGCUCAAGAACCGCGGCUACGCGCAGUCCUGCCGCUACAAGCGCGUCCAGCAGCGGCACAUCCUCGAGAGCGAGAAGUGCCAGCUGCAGGGCCAGGUGGAGCAGCUCAAGGCCGACGUGGCCCGCCUCGCCAAGGAGCGCGACCUCUACAAGGAGAAGUACGAGAAGCUGGCCAGCGCCCCCCGCCCCCCCUUCCCCCCCGCCCCCCAGGCCCCCAACCCGCCCAAGAGCGCCCCAGACUUCUUCAUGUGA